AUGAAAUCACUUUCAAUUGCAUUUUUUGUUCUCGUGCUUCUCGUCCUUGUUACCUCAAACUCGGAGGCUGCAAUCUCAUGCACUGAUGUGAUUAAGGACUUGAAACCUUGUGUGAGCUACUUGGUUAGUGGAAGUGGACAACCACCAAGUGAAUGUUGCACUGGAGCUAAAUCUCUUGCCUCUUCUGUAUCAACAUCUGAGGAUAAAACAGCUGCUUGCAACUGCAUCAAAUCUACUGCCAAGAGUUUCAAAAUCAACUCACAGUUGGCUCAGUCUCUUCCAGGAAACUGUGGAAUAAACCUUCCAAUCAGCAUCUCCCCAGAUGCAGAUUGUUCCAAGAUUGGUUAA